AGAUCAGGCAAAGACGGCGACGGACCACGUAAGACGACUGUCUCAGCCCAAGAUCUGCGCGCUGUCCGAUCCUAUUCCCUCUGCUGUCUUCCUCGAUUCUCUCUUCCGCCUCGAGAGGAUGAGCGACAAUUACGAUUUCGACCUUCUCACAGGCCCGACGACCUCCACCACCACUCCUCCCCUGUCUCAGCCCUUCUUCAGUCCCCACUUCGAGUCCUCGGAGGAGGAGGGGGAGGACGACGGCGGCGGCGGCGGCGAUGGAGCGGAAGCGCACCGCGCAAUCUCGUCCACCACCAAGCGCCUCGAUUACAUGCUCCAGUUCUUGGAUCGCAAGCUCUCCACCUCUUCUUCGUUCGACGCUCCUCCUGCGGGCGAUACGCUGGGGGGCGAGCGGAAUUCGAAGGGCUCGGCGGCGCUGCCGGAGUUCGUGGGCCGGGGAGGAGGCGCGGGCGUUUUCAAGUUGCCGGUUCGAGCGGCGGUCCAUCCGGGGCGACCGCCGUGCGUGGAGCUGAGGCCGCACCCCCUGAGGGAGACCCAAAUCGGGCGCUCCCUGGGGACUCUUGUGGCCACCCCUUCUCAGCUGUGGGCCGGCGGCGAGAGGAGCGUCAGGGUUUGGGACUUGACCGCUGAUAUUUUCGCCGCGGCUGAGAGAGGCGAGGGCGUCGACGCUGAAGCUGACACUGAACCCGACACUGUGCCCUACAGGGAGUCGAUGGGUGGGAUUUCGCCCGCCUUGUGCUUGGUGGCCGACGAGGCGAGCCAGGUGGUGUGGAGCGGUCACCAGGACGGAAGGGUCAGGUGCUGGAGCAUGUCGUUUGGUUCUUCUUCUGUUGCUGCUGCGUGUAGCAGUAAGAAAACUCGCUUUAAGGAAGCACUGUCGUGGCAGGCUCAUCGAGGGCCUGUUCUCUCCGUCGUCAUCUCUUCUUAUGGGGAUCUGUGGUCCGGUUCAGAGGGUGGCGUUAUCAAAAUUUGGCCAUGGGAAGCUAUUGAGAAAUCUCUUUCUUUAACAGUGGAAGAAAGACAUCUGGCUACUUCCAUUGUGGAUAGAUCAUAUAUUGACCCUCUGAACUAUGUUAACACAAAUGGUUUCUGUAACAGUUUGGCAGCUGAUGUCAAGCACUUAUUUUCAGAUAAUUAUGCAGGAAAAGUGUGGAGUUUUGGAAAUCAGUCGUUCGCCCUGUGGGAUGCUCGUACGAGGGAGUUAUUGAACGUUUAUAGUGUAGAUGGACAGGUAGAGAGCCGAGGCGACAUCUCAGCACUGCAGGAUUCUUCAAUGGACUAUUUUUCUAGUCAAAGAAAGGAAAAAACACAGAGCUCCUUUGGUUUUUUUCAGCGGUCUCGCAAUGUUAUAUUAGGAGCUGCUGAUGCUGUUCGUCGAGUGGCAACAAAAGGGGCAUUUGGAGAUGAUUCUAGGAGAACAGAAGCACUUGUUACAACAAUAGAUGGGAUGGUUUGGACUGGGUGUGCGAGUGGCUUACUGAUACAAUGGGAUGGAAACGGAAAUCGUCUGCAAGAUUUCCAGUACCACUCUUUUCCUGUGCAAUGUCUUUGUACAUUUGGACAUUGCAUAUGGGUUGGUUAUGCAAGCGGGUCUAUACAUGUACUGGACCUUGAAGGUAACCUCCUAGGAGGAUGGGUAGCCUACAGCAGUCCUGUUCUAAAGUUAGCUGUAGGGGCUGGAUAUGUUUUCAGCUUGGCUAAACAUGGCGGUAUACGUGGUUGGAGCAUUACAUCCCCUGGACCUAUCGACAGCAUACUUCGUUCAGAAUUGGCUGGCAAAGAGUUUCUAUACUCUAGGAUAGAAAACAUGAAAAUAUUGGCUGGCACGUGGAAUGUUGGACAGGAAAGAGCUUCUAGAGACUCUCUCAUAUCAUGGCUGGGCUCUGCAGCAUCUGAUGCAAAUAUCGUUGUUGUUGGGCUGCAAGAAGUUGAAAUGGGCGCUGGUUUCCUUGCUGUGUCUGCAGCCAAAGAAACAGUGGGGCUUGAGGGUAGUGCAGUUGGACAAUGGUGGUUGGAUAUGAUUGGCAAAACAUUGAAUGAGGGGUCAACCUUUGAACGUAUGGGCUCUAGGCAACUAGCUGGCUUGCUCAUUGCCAUGUGGGUGAGAAAUACUCUAAAACCUCAUGCUGGAGAUGUUGAUGCUGCAGCAGUUCCUUGUGGAUUUGGGCGUACAAUUGGAAACAAGGGAGCUGUCGGUUUGAGGAUGAGAGUGUAUGACCGAAUCAUGUGCUUUGUAAAUUGUCACUUCGCUGCACAUGCUGAAGCAGUUGCUCGUCGGAAUGAUGAUUUUGAUCAUGUAUAUAGGAGUAUGACCUUCACGAGAGCAUCUACGUUUUCCAAUGUGGUGACUGGUAUACCAUCAAACCUGUUAUUGUGUUGUAAACUUGCCUGCACGGUGUAUGUAUGUUGGCUUGCUUACUUAAAUGGCUUGCCAUUGAUGCUUUCUGUUGCAGUCGGCGCCUCUUCUGCUGUCCAAGUGCUCCGUGGAACAAAUGGAGCUUUCUCCCAGUCAGCUGAAGUAAUGCCCGAGUUGUCUGAGGCAGACCUGGUCAUAUUUUUGGGCGAUUUCAACUACCGGCUUGAUGGUAUUACAUAUGAUGAAGCGAGAGAUUUUGUUUCUCAGAGAUGUUUUGAUUGGCUUAGGGAGAAGGAUCAGCUUCGAGUAGAAAUGGAAGCCGGUAAUGUUUUCCAAGGAAUGCGUGAAGCAGUUGUUAAAUUUCCUCCUACAUACAAGUUUGAACGGCACCAGGCGGGAUUAGCAGGGUAUGAUUCUAGUGAGAAGAAGCGCAUUCCUGCAUGGUGUGACAGAAUUUUGUACCGUGAUAGCCGCUCAGCUCUGGAAUCGGAAUGCAGUUUAGAGUGUCCUGUAGUCUCUUCAGUAGUACGAUACGAGGCUUGCAUGGACGUGACAGACAGUGAUCACAAACCAGUUCGUUGCAUGUUUAAUGUGGAUAUAGCUCGAGUCGAUGAGUCAGCCCGGAGGCAAGAAUUUGGUGAAGUUGUUGCCCAAAAUGAGAGAGUUAAGACUACGCUCAAAGGGUUAUUUAUGAUUCCGGAAACCAUUGUCAGCACCAACAACAUAAUCCUUCAAAAUCAGGACACAUCUAUUUUGCGAAUUACAAAUAAAUCUGGGAACAGUGAUGCUUUAUUUCAAAUAAUUUGUGAAGGUGUCUCUAUGAUCAAGGACGAUGGACAGGCAUUGGACCAUCGCCCGAGAGCUUCCUUUGGCUUUCCACAAUGGCUUAGGGUUUCCCCAGUCUCCGGCAUAAUUAAACCGGAACAUACCACUGAGGUGUCGGUUCAUCAUGAAAAGUUCCAGACCGUUGAGGAGUUUGUUGAUGGUGUCCCUCAGAACUGGUGGUGCGAGGACAACAGAGACAGGGAAGUUGUAUUAGAGGUGAGGGUGAGUAGCAGCUAUAUGACAGAGACAAGGAAUCACCGUAUUCGCGUUCGGUACUGCAUCUCAUCCAAAGGGAAACAAGUUGGCGAUAUAUCUUUGAAUUCCAAGCAAGCACAAGCUAAUCUCCUUGACCGAUCCAAUCUCCAACGACUUAGUGAUUCCUAUGACUUGGUCGACCACUUUCGGAAUUUACAUAGUCCGUGAAAGGACAGGUGGUAGAGGUGGUGCAUAAGCUCAUGCAUGGUGGACGGUGAGUAAAUCGCUACAAGAUGACUACUUUUGUCUUAUUGCACUCUGGUUCACAAGCAUGGCCGGCCGCCUUCCAUCAAGGCUUGGUUUGUUUUCUUUCUCAGUAUGUACAAAACUUGUAUUGGAUUUGGAGGCCAGCAUAAGCUAUUACUGGAGGCAGGUACGGGAUUAGACGUUGGAUCUUGACCAUGGCUUCAUAGGGUGGUGUCAAGCACAAGCAAGAGUCCAAAGACCGAUGCUUUCGCAAGAUAAGCCAGUUUCUUCGGGGUAAAUUAAAGAGGAACGGAAGCCACCAUGCGAUACUUGAUAAUCCAUGAAUAAGUUAGCUCCAUUUUGUUA